AAUGAGUCAUCCUGAAUGAACCGCACUUACAACAGUCUACCAGCAGAUGGCGCUCCUACACAACACAGCUUCACAUCUUUUCAUCUGUUGGGCACAUUUUUUUUAGAGCCGGAUUUACGACGGUUUGGAACAUUUACGGCCUCUCGAGGAGUUGGAGCGAUAGAGGGAAAUUCAUUUUGUGUUUUCUUUCUUGCUUUCUAUGUGUUCACCUGGUUGCCUGAAACAUCAGUGACAAUGCUCCUCCAAAAUCGAGCUGUGUUUGCAAUUGGUCUUCGCAUGGGCUCCACUCGUGUGAUGAAUGGACCGUUAAUGGACACAGCAAGACCAAGCUCAGACAUGUCUGAUUUCCGGAAGGACUUUUCCCAAGCCACACGCAUAGCUAUCAUCACAGGAGCAGGAGUGAGUGCAGAAAGUGGAGUACCAACCUUCAGGGGAGAAAAUGAGAAGUGGAGGAAGUGGAUGUCUCAGGACCUGGCUACUCCUGAGGCCUUCUCUCGCACCCCAUCUCGGGUCUGGGAGUUCUUCCAUUACAGAAGGGAGCUGGUGUUGAGCAAGAAGCCCAGUGCUGUACAUUUGGCUAUAGCAGAGUGUGAAGCUCGGCUGAGGAAGCAGGGACGCUCCGUGGUUGUCAUCACCCAGUGCAUUGACGACCUUCAUCAACAGGCUGGGUCCAAACAUGUGCUCAGGAUUCAUGGCAGUCUGCUGGAGACGCGCUGUAUGACUUGUAGACAUGUGACCCUAAACAAGCGAAGCCCCAUAUGUCCUGCCCUUAAGGACAAAGGUUCACCUGACCCAGAUGUUGCUGAUGCCCAAAUUCCUGUGGAUAAACUACCAAGGUGUAAGGAAAGUAAGUGCCAUGGCCUGCUGAGGCCCAAUGUGGUGUUUUUUGGAGAAACUCUGGACUCUCACAUUUUGACCAAGGUGGAAAAAGAGAUGGAAAUCUGUGAUCUCUGUAUGGUGGUGGGCACGUCUUCUAUAGUUUACCCAGCAGCCAUGUUUGGCCCCCGAAUUGCAUCCAGAGGUGUCCCAGUGGCAGAGUUCAACUUAAGUUCAACACCAAAAACUGAGUACUUUAAGUACCAUUUCCAGGGCCCCUGUGGAACUACACUGCUUCCAGCAUUGGCCCCACAUGAGUCAGAGAUUAAUAACUGACUUUACAGACAGUAGUCACUGGCUUCUAAUACAAUCUAAAGCAAUCCAGAGCUGUAGGGAUUCAUAGAACUUCUUCAAAUCUAUGCCUGGAAAUCAGAUGAACAGUUAAUGCUUGGUAGAGGACAGGCUGUAAAUAAUUUAGCUUUUUUACAACUUUGAAAUAAAUCUCUUAAUACUUGAAUAUAUAACUCACUGAACUGGAAAUAGUGCUGCUUAGAUUUAAGCAGGCGCCAUGCGGCUUGAUAUAAAAAAAUGGAAGGCACUGUCAGUAGUUUUUUGCAGAGGAUAACACCACAGGGUGUUAUUUACAUAUUAUAUGGUGGUGAGGGAUCAUUGUCUUUAGAUACACUGUGCUCUAAAUUUAUGAUGUAGACCAGAAAAACACAUCACUCCUCUUUUCUCUGGCCACCGGAUGUACAGACCGUAAAGCAACCUUGUGCCUUUCAAAGCUGUUUUAAUCAAACUUGGCCAAACGCUCUCUUUAAACCUCAAGUGUAAAUCAGUGUUACUGAGGCAAUGCCAAAUGUACAGAGUGUGCUGCUGACCGAGGACGGGUGGGUUAGAGAUGGGGUAGAAAGGGAAUAUGCUGACUGUUCGCUCCUAGCCCAGGUCAGCAUUAUUCCCUUCUCAUGCUGUUUGAUUGUGUUUGUUAUUGUCAGUUUUAUGUCAUGGAUUAAUGAUGAUACAUUGUUUGCAAAGGUCAGUGUCAUAUUCAACGUCUGUAGAUGGAACAUCUGUAAAAUUGAAUACAAAAAUCAUGCACAGUUUAAAACUGCUGAUGCAGUGAUACAUGGCAUAAUUAUUAAAACAUUA